GAACGACACUCGAGCUCGAUUUGGCCUGCAGCACCCAUCCGACCAUCCAAAAGCCUGCAGAGAGCUCCCGAUACACGACAGAUUCGAUUGAGAGGGACGCGAUGCCCAAGGUCAAGAGCUAUACGGCCCCGUGGCUCUCGCAUGGACCCGGCCACAGCUUGUUCGCGCCCUCAAGCGAUGCCUCCAACAAGGCGUUGAGCGCCCCGUCGCCCUACGGGUCUAAGAAGAAGAAGAUCCAAGGUCCGAGGCGGACGAUUGCGAGGCGAGGAACCGAGGUCUUUGUCGCUGUAGGCAAAGAAUUGCGAUGGGGCGAUUUGGCAUACCUGAAGGAGAAAUGGUCGACAAAGCAUGCGCACCGUCGCAUGGGCAGCCGUGUCAAGCGGGAGGACUCGACACAAUCAUUUGACGACGAUGCUAUCCCCUCGACGGAAGAGGCGGCUACGGCUCAGGGUUUCAGGACUAUCAAGACAUCUGUCGCAGACGACAUCCGGCAGCUCGUCAUCUCCCCAAACUCCGAUUACCUCGCUAUUCUUACGGCGCAUACCGUUCACAUUUGCGUGGUUCCCGAUUCCGCCCAUCUCACGGCCGAGGACACUGGACCUUUGCGACCCAAAAUCUGGACACUGGGACCUACAACUCACGUCACCUCGCGAUCCCCAGUGGCAUCAGCUGUAUGGCACCCACUCGGCGUCAAGGGAUCUUGCCUUGUCACCGUAACGACCGAUGCUAUUGUGCGCGUCUGGGAGUUGUCACUGACCGAUAGGUGGUCAUUUGACUCUCCCACCCUGUCGAUCGACUUGAAGAAGCUUGUGGAUGGUACGACGCUGGACCAGGACUUCAGCGCCUCUACGGCUGCUACGAAUGCCAGCUUCUCGCAGUACUCGCUGGAGAUGCAGGUGGCCUCUGCUUGCUUUGCUGGCCGCGGCUCGGGAGGAUGGAGCCCCAUGACUCUCUGGGUUGCCAUGAGAGAAGGCGACGUCUACGCAUUGAGCCCUUUGCUGCCCCAGAAAUGGGCACCGCCUCCUACUCUUAUCCCAUCGCUUUCGGUUUCCAUCGUUUCCAAGGUGGCUGCCCUGGAGGAUGACCCUGCUGUAUCCGAAAUGGACAAGCUUCUCGCCCAGCAGCAGCUCGAGUGGAUGGGUGAUUUGGAUUCUCAGGAGCCCCAAAUCCUCGACACAGCGCCCGGCGAAGAGACCGUGGAGGUCUACACACGCCCUUCCCGGCCGGGAGUUAUCCCAAGAUUGCAAGGCCCGUUCGAAUUCGAUGCCGAUCCCGAAAGCGAGGAUGUCGGUGACGGUCUUCUCACGGAUUUGCUCGUAAUCGGAAAGAAGGUGGACACUGACGACCUGAUGAUGGGCGAGGACGAAGACUUGGACUUUGACGAAGGUGACCAGGAGGGUCUUUCUCUCUCAGUCAUCUGCCUCCUGUCUACCACCGGUCAAGUCCGCGUGUACUUGGACUUGGAGGGCGUCGAAGCACAAUGGUUGCCCCCGCGAAACAAAUCCAAGCUUGGACGCCUCUUGUCCGCCGCCGACCCACCUUCACUAUUGACGUUCCAGUGCAUCGACACCAUGGCCACAACUGAAAUGAACGACGACGCAUGGCCGACGUUUUCAUCGGAUGUCAUGUCACGCUACUCUCUUUUUGUCACCUCGCACGCUGGCGUCACCUUCCUUUCUCUAUCUCCCUGGGUUUUCCGCCUCGAGGGUGAGCUCUCGGGCGAGUCGGAGGCGGGCUCUGACUUCCGUCUCGGUCUUCUUGUCAACGGGCAAAACUCUAUUCGCGAGAGACUCUACAACCAAUCUUCAAGCGAUGUCAACGUGCCGCUCGCCGCAUGUGCCGCCAUCCGCGAUCCGGAUUUGGGAUACUUCCUUCUCUCGGCCACCCCGUACGAGCCAAUUGCCUUGACAUUCGAGACGCCUGAGGACGACUUCUCGCCUGUCCGCCACGAAACGCCCUACGAAGAGAAGCCUACGACCAUGGAACCAUUGGACUUUUAUGAGCCCCGUCCAGCUUUCCAGCCCUCGCACGCAUUCGAGCAGCAAUCCGACCUUCCUGAGCUGAUUAACAGACUCCGUAGCUCACGCCACAAGACCAUUCUAAAUCAAGAGAUCAGAUUGUCUCCGGUCACGCUGCAGAUCUUGACUGACGCCCAUCGUGUCCUUGGUGAAGAUACCUACCGGCUCGGCACAGCUGUGGCGGAGAUUUUCCGCCGCUGCGCUACUCUUCAAGAUGAGCUCAGGGAUCAAAUUAAGAAGGCGAACGAGGUCAAGGAGAAGAUCGACAAGAUUGCGGGCAACGACAAGGCGGGAGACGGUGAAAGUGACGACGUCCGAUUCGAGAGACGUAUCGCCGAGGCACAAGAUCGGCAGAAACGACUCAACGAGAGACUAGAGGGCAUCCGCAAGUAUGUUGGCAAGGCAGCAACAAGGGAGCUCAGUGCCAAGGAGAGGGCAUUCGUGGCAGAAGUCAAGAACAUGGAGGCGAGCGUUCUAGGAUCACCCUCGGACGACAGCCCGGGAGUGAAGCAGCAGAAGCAACUCAGGAAACGUGUGGAGGACGUGCAACGACUGAAGGACGAAUUGGUGGCAGAAGUGGAACGGAUACAGAAGCAGAGUGAGGACGGCAAGGGCGGGAGAGAUUCAUCGUCUUCGGUAUCGGAGCUCAAGAUCCCGACAGAGAUCCGCAAGGCCAAGCUGCAGCAAGUCAUGUCCCUCCUCUCACGGGAGACGGCUCUGGUUGAGGCUGUGACAUCGCGCCUGGAGCGUCUCCAGACGCAGUAAGAUGGAGUCGACGUAGACAGGGUGGGAUGACAGGACACUGAGCGGCAGUUACUUCAAGCCUCGUCCUGCUUGGUGCCUAAGAGCGACACAAGGGCGUUCAUCGCAAUGUUCAUUGAACCUUGGGAGCACGAUGGAUGCAUGUUGGCGAAUGGUCGGAUGCGCCAAUCGGUUCGAGAGCAGGUGCGGGGCGUAAGGCGAUACAAGAACAAUGGAGGACCACGGACAUGUUUCGAGAAUUGGGAGCGCACAACCAUAGCAUGAUUUGAGGUUGGAUCAAAGAGGCGUUACCAUCUGACUCGGGCAAAGAUUGUCUUCGAGGCCGUCUAGUGCCCGUUAACAGUAUCUUGGUACCGCCGUUGGGCAAGGAAGAUGCCGGGGUUCUGGAUGUUAUCACAUAGCCUUGAACAUGGAUGUCGUC